AUGUGCUCCUCUCGGAUUGCUUGUCGAUUACGCCUUACUGGGAAGAAAUGGAGAGAGUCUAAAGCCUCCAUCAAAGAUAUUCUGCGAAAGGCGACGGAAGGCACUCAGCAAAUAAAUCCGCAGAAGCUCCGCCAGUCUUACCUAGAAGACAGCUUGUCGUUAUUCCACGAGGAGUCCAAAAGGGUUAUCCAAUCCGUCAACGAGUGGUCUAAUUAUCGCGUCCCCUCACGUCUUCAUGACAUCGUGGAGAAGAUAUACCAAUUAAACAAUGUGCAAGGCUUGCAGCAACUCCUUCUUUUGAUUCCCACCGGUUCCAAAAGGGUAAUCAAUGAAUCAACUUUCGCAGCUACUGUACUCAACAUAAUUCGAAAGAUAUCCCGAUAUAAAGAAGCCGCUCGAGUGCUUUAUCGCACUGCGAAGAAGUUCCCUUUUGUCCGAAACAUUGAGAUUCAUCUGGUGACUCUUCCUCAAGAGGCUUUCGAUAAAUUUCACAACCCCGCAUACUCGCCCAGUCUCUCAGCCGUGCUAUGCCGUUUAGGGAAAAUCAAUGGCAAAGACUAUACCAUCUCCCAGUUUUCCCGAUUCAUAAAUGGUGGCAAGAUCAAGAAUCCGAGCGACCAAUUUUGCGAGCAAACGACUAGAAUUCUUCGGGAAGCCAAGAUCCAUGCAGAGGUCCAGCUUAUAGCCCACUGCGAAACCCAGUCGGCUCCGUUGUUCCCACGGGUCAUUGGAUCCAGCAAGGAUGCCUGCUUUCUAUGCCAUGCAUUGAUCCAUAGCCAUGGCAAGAUGCACACAUCACGCACGCAUGGGAGAUUGUACCCCAAUUGGCGACUACCAAUAGCUUCGUCGUUCAAGUACCUGGAGCACCGAUUCAAUGACUUCCUACUGAACUAUGCUCGAGAGACCAUCAAGGCUCGAGAAAAAGGUCAAACGAGAGUCCAUCCGUGCCCGAAUGAAAGCACGUUACUUCCUAUGUUAGCCUCCAUGUCGACAAUAAGUGCUGUACAAUGUCCUAUCGCUAUUACCACGGAGAGAACGGCGUCAGUUCCUGGUUUCGCUCCAGACUUCGAGAUUAUGAAACCCGCUCUCUCAAAUACAGUUUCAACGAACAGGCAGAGUCCGUCCGUGAAUAUUAAGCUAUCUAGUACCUGUUCUCUUGUUCUCAGUGACCCAUUCGCUGGAAAUAUCAACCUAUUCAAUUCGCCUACGCUCUUUUUCGCUGACCGCUUGCAUAUAUACUUCGAGACAAAGGAGAGUUCGGCGUUUGAAUACGCAUCUCAGUUUCCUGUGUACUCCAUUGAACAAAUCACU